UGCAAACCAACUUUUAUAGCUUAAUGUAUAAGGAAACAAUCAUAAACAAAGACCCCCUCAGGCCCUCAGGCCCCCUCAGAACAUAGGGAGAGGCAGUGUUAAGUGUACCGAUGUAUGUAACAAGGCCUCUUUCUCUAUACAGGAAGGCUUCUAGUGCUCUUGAAGCAGAGCCACCUGCAGAAGGUCCUUAUUCAGGUUAUCUGGUGAUUACAGAUGAAGAAGCACAAGAGCAAGACACCUUUUGUUUUGGGGCAUGUAAGAGGAAGGGUGUUGAAAAGCUACCUUUUCCUCAAGACAAGAUGUUGAAUGUUGUUCAUGCAUCAGAGGUUGAAGAGACUAUGGUCACUAGGGUCUGGUUUAUUCCAGUUCUUGAUCAGCCUCUAUCUUCCAAUCGAUACUAUGUUAUUCGAGCCAGAGGCAGAUACAAAGGGCUAGCAUGUUCAAGUUCAAGGGAGAUAGACACCAAACUAUGUUGCUUCUUCAGUGAUGUUAUAAGUGAUGCAAAACCAAAACCAUUUGAUCACAGAAAUGUUUAUCAACAGUUCAAAAUCCAUCGCCACCACAGGCAUAGUUUUUUUGCUAAAUCCACUGCUACUGAUUCCAUUCCUCCAAAAUUUUUAAGAAAAAAUGGAUGGGAACUUCGCAUCUCGAGGUCAUAUAGAUUGCAACUAAAUGAGGCUCUAGGCCUUGAUUCAUCUCUCAGAACACGCCUUCCAAGUUUCAAUUUCCCUAUGUAUAACAAGAAGUCACCUUCUGUUGUUGUUGGACAAUGGUACUGUCCCUUUAUAUUUGUGAGGGAGGAGUGUAGACUAAGGCGACAAAUGAAGAAAUCAUUGUUCUACAAGAUGACACUUGAGCAAUGGUGGCAACAGAUUCAUUCAUGUGACAAUGAGAACGACGAAGAAAAUAUUGUGAAUAUCAAUAAACUUUUGAAAAGAGAAUUUACUUCAGUCUAUGGUAUGCAAGCUGAGAAGGAUAACAGAAUUAGCCAUGGAGGGGUUUGGUGGUUCAGAACUCUAACAAGAAACGAUGGGGGAAGGGGCAGUGUUGGUUUGAGUUUGGCAAUUAUGGAGAAAAUGAGAUGGUUACAAGAGGAGGGAGGUUGGUUUAAAGGAGAAGAAAGUGAAGUGAGGGUUGAAAGACAAGAAGAAAUUGGAAGUGAAUGUGGGUGGAGGAGAUUUGCCUGUUACAUGUUGGUGGAGAGCUUUAAUUUGAGAAGAAUGGAUGGAACUUUGGUGCUGAGGUGUGACUUUAGGCACACUAAUAAGAUUCAAUCCAAAUGGGAAUGAAGUCUUAUGAUCAUGUAAAUAUACUUCAUAUCUGAUAAAUGAAGGUGAAAUGCACACUUUUAUUUGUUUGAUCUCGUCAUAUGUUUUUUUUUUUUUGAUAGGCAAGAAUUUAGUUGCUGAAAGAGUCUCAAGGAGACCAGCUUACAAAGAGCAGAGCCUUUGGAGGCUUGCAUGAAAACGAGGGAGCCAUGUUACGGAGACAAAAAAUGGUACUUUCGCAAAAACAAGUGGACAAAUAACAAAAACACAACAGUCCUAGACUUAAAUCAAAAAACAAGUUGUCAAAAGACCUAGUAAGUCAAAUGAAUCAACGUGAUGGGAUGCUAAAAAGACCAUUAGCAGAGGGCAUUCUGGAGUUCAGUGAGGCUGUUCCCUGUUGUGAAUUUCAAAAUUUGCUUUGAAGUUUGAAUUCCUAAUUACUCCGGCCUUGGAUAAUCCGUCUGCUAUUGUGUUUGCUUCCCUCUUGUCAUGGUUAAAGGAAAUCCUUGUAGAUUUGUGCAGAUAAACUUCGAUGGCAGUAGACAGAUUUUUCAUUCUCCAUGGCACUUUUUUGUGAUCCUUGACCCAGCUGAUAGCAUUAGAGGAGUCUCUUUCGAUGACGAGAUUGUGGGAACUGGCCCAUGUGGAAGUAAGGAAGAAUUUAAGUCCUUCAUGGAUGGCUUUGAAUUCUGCAAGGUUGGAAUCUUCAGUGCCUAUAUGGUUGGAGAAGGUACCCCUGAUAAAUCCAAGGUGGUCCCUAAGAAGUCCUCCGAUGCCGGCAGGGCCUGGCUUCCCUUUGGCGGUGAUCUCUUCAUAUGUAACUAGUAUGAAUCUCUCUUAUUCAAGUCUUUCUAUCAAUUCGGUUCUAUGAUUUUUUGUUU